UCCAUUGUUCGGUUUUUCAAUUAUCACACGUAAACAAGUUCGCUAAAAUAACCAGAGAUCUAGAAACUGUGCGGCUUUUAUACCCACAUAUGCUAACGGAUUAAAUCUACUGACUACUAGAAAAUUCUGGGAAAAAUAGGAAAACUGGAAUCUGUCAUCCGAGCCUAUUGUCCGUGUUGUGUGAUCCAUGUGUGUGUGUGAUCAUUUAGGCCUACUCAGAAUAAACUGAGAUCAGCGUGUGAUGUACCAAUCAACAAAGGAAGAGAAAAAAACUAAAACCUGGUGCUAGUGUUAUGAAAUUUAUUUGGACUUAACAGAUCCACCUGCUGACAUGGUAAUGGCAAACUACAGUGAAUUUAGCAAUAACAACUACCUGCCAGGAUUUUAUAAUGAUAUGCAGACUUCAACUUUCAGUUCAUUCCCAUCCUCACCACAGUUCCGUAGCCCUGUUGUGUCCCAAAACAGUUUUACAUUCACUUCUCCCACCCAGUGCAGCACACUUUUAACUCAUAGGCCCAGCAUACAGACAACUAGCCGUAUCAGCAAUCUAAGUGCACCAGGUGUUGGCACUUCUUGGCAGCACUCCAUCCCUGUAACUAUGCCUUGGGGAGACUUGAGUUCUGCAGGAACUACUACAGUUUUUACAGGCGCUCCAUUACCUUCAUAUCCUGAAUUAAAUAUCUCAUGCGAUAAACCGUUUAGAAGACCAAAGCGCAAAGCACUAGAACUACCAGAUGAAGCACCAAUGUCUAAAGUAUACCUGUGUGCAGAUCAGUUUGCAAAUAUGAAAAUAACACAAAAAGAGCAAUCAAUGUUUGAUCAGGUUAAAAUAGAUGCAGAAGACAGAGGUGUACAGGUCUUCAUAGGUGCGCCAGGUACUCAAUGUAGAACAGAUGCUGAGGCCUGGCAGAGGUUUAGAGAAAUAGAAGAUAGACUAGACUUUGAACUUGAGGAAGAUGUUGAUUUCAACAUAAACAAUUCCAAUAGUUGGUCUGAUGAAGGUCCUCGUCUCAAGGUAGCUGAAGGAGUUUUAGAGUCUGCUCAAACACCCUCUCCGAUUCUUCCACGAAAAGUUAUGGAAGAGAUCACCAAACCAUGCAUGCAAAUAGUGCUGUGGAAAUCACCAGGGGAGCUUAUUCGUGAAAUAAAAAAAGAAGAUAACCCUGACUCAUCUGAUAGUGACUCCAACAAAAUGUCAAAUUCACCAACUAGAUUACCUCUCUUGUCUCGUGAUAACAUCAUGGAAGACAGUUCUGAUCUUACACAUACUCCCAGUUUAUCACCACACUAUCAGACAGAUGUUUUCAAACUAUCUACUGCACAUUUUCUCAACUCCUUGCCUACUAAUGCUGGUUUGUCAGAUAGAACUGAAAAUCUGAACUGCAACAUAAUAGGAAAAGAUUCUGAUAUAUUCGAUAGCAUGGAUGAUGAAAUGCAGUUGUGAUGACAUUUUUUUAGUAUACUUUAAGGACUUUGUGUUUAUUGUUCUUUGCAUUCAUUAAAAAAGUUGAUAAACAUUUUUUAAUUUCCUUAAUUUUAAUUAUUCUGAAUUAAUUUCAAGAUCCCUAUUUUUGCACAGAAAGCUGUUAAUAGCAAGCUCAUUAUUUUUUUUUCUAUUUAAAAAAUGGAACAUAGUGCUUAUAGAAUUACUAGAAAUCAGUAUUGUUUUGUGUAUUUUAAUGAUGCAUGUACAAAGUGCUAUCUAAAAUGCUUAAAACAUUUUCUGUUUAAGAUAUACUUUAUAUUGUUUUGUGUUGGUAUGAGGUGUAUUAUUUCUGUUUUCCUGCCCCUUGUUUUUUGGUUAUGAAAUUGAGUGAGAAAUAUGGCAGCUGUUUAUGUAUAUUUUUCUGUUUAUUGAAGCAGCUCAUUCAUUAUGUAUUCCUGUUUAUAAUGGUUUGAUUAUUUCAUAACCUGUUAUUAAUUUAUCUUGUAAAUAAUGUAGAAAAGUUUUCACAUUUGAUAAUUAAAAGUAUGUGUCUAAGUUUUAUAGUUAAUGAUUUGAAAAUAAUAUGUUAAGCAGGAAAAGAAAACUUGUAUUUGAUUUUUUCAGGUCUUCAUUAAUCAAAAUAGUGCAUUACCUAUUAGAAUGACCUUUAUUGAUGUGCUUAAAUUUAAAUAUAAAAAUAGAAGACAGAAAGUGCACCAGGACCUAAUCUGAUUUUUUAUAUUUUGUAAUAAAAAUCUUAAAACAUUUUGAGUUGAAAAUCACAAUAUUAUCUGUAUUGUAUACACACAAAUGUUACCAUGAAAAAGUAAUGUUACAAUUUGUAUUCAAAUAUUUAUAAAUGAUGUUUAACAAAAAAAAAGUACAUGUAUGUCAUAGUUGUACAAGCUUCAGUUAUGUGACAUAUUGUUGCAGAAUAAAU